AUGGGGAAACCCAUAGAAGACGACCAGGAAGGUCUGGAUGAUCCGGGGAAUGGGACGGAGGCGCGUGGGAUCCUCUUCUGCAGGUGCUCCGAGGGGAUUCGCGGGAUCCGCAAUGCCUUUUCCUGCCGGUGCGUCGUCUUGCUGCUGCUCAGCGCCGGCGUGCUCCUCUCUGCCGUCUUCUGGCUCCCGCCCCUGCGGGGGAUCGGAUCUGGGUCGGAUUCCGGCGAUGGCGAGGAUUUUUCUGGUGAGCACCCUUCCUUCUGCCUUCGUUUGACGAGGUUGCGAUGCGGGUUAGGGUUUUUUUUUCUCCUCUGCAUUCUGUCUUCAGCAAUGGAAGGGUGGGACGAUAUUAAUCGCCCCUCCGCACUGGCACCGGGUUUCUGCCGACUAGGGUUUGGGAAGAAUUCUGAUGGUGGGUGACGCAGUGCGACGGUCGUCCUCUCUUCCCUCUAUCUCUCUUGUCAUCUUCUUGUCCAGAUCUUACAGUCUCCUCUAAGACCUAAGAUUGCGGGAAGAUGGAGCCAAAUCAGAGGUGUUAUACCGUUACUGCAAACCCACUGCCGAAAAAUCUUCAAGGAACCUGCUAUUUCUCCGCUACGCCGUGGUCAACCGGUUGAAUUAUCUGGAGGAUGCUUGCUAUUUUUGGAUCCUGCAGAGAAUGCGGUGAUAGUCAGACUGUAUGUAUCCAAUGGAUCAGAUCUUUUCUCUUGGAGGUGGGCCGUCAUCUAGAGUUGUUCUUGUCUGUUCCUGGCAAUGCCCUUUGGCUGUUUUGAUGCCCUCUUUUCCAGCUCUUCGUACUAGUCCCUUUUCUCAUGUUCCCAAGGAGCUGCAAUUUUUUUUUUAGGGUUUCUGCAAGAUCAUUAUCAGAAAUCUGGGUGAAAACCUUGAAUCGAUUGUGAAUAGUUUCAUUCGAAUACGUGAUAAUUCACAUCAAUUGCUCGGUAGUUGAAAUUGAUGGCAGGAACAUUGUGAUAGCCAGCUGGGUUACUGUUGUAGAUGUUCUUCCCCUUGAAAACAUGAAGCUUGGGAGGAUCUAUAUCAGGCAUAGCUCGUUGGACUAUGCAGAAGAUGAAAGCAACUUGCUGAAUCUCAGUUUGCUACACGGCCAAAAUUCCUAUAGGAUGGAAUCAUUUUUCCUUCCCUGACCUUCAGUCUGCAGCUGAUGCCACAUCAAGCAAGAGGAUGAUGCAAUGCUAUGAAAGAUUAGGCCACUGCAUUUCAACUUUGAUGAAGCAGAAUCUGCUGCAACUGGUGCUCGAACAGGCAAUUUGUCUUCUUCAAGACAGAGAGAGUGCAGGAGUGGACUGAGUCAGUGUAAUUCGAUUCCAGAAGAAGGUUGGAAGGUGAAGUGAAGCUUCUUUCAGCAAUGGUGAUGGUGACGAUGAUGAGUUCUUCCUGGAAAGUCCGCAUGAUGUUCACUCUCGGAAAAUCCGCCUAUGACCGUAUGAAGAAACAAAGAAAAAGAGAAGCUUAUUCCAUGGUUUUUCCAUCCAGAUAAAUAGACUGGAGGAUUGCUUUUGGUUCACUCGAAUUGGGCUCCUUCGACAGAGUUCUUAGCCCUGAAUGUCCAUGGAGAUUGGGGGGCAGAUGGGCUUUUUGUGUGGCAAAACUUAUGAAAAAUAUCAUAAGUUUGAAUGUGAUCAUUUUUCCGUUAUUUGGAUGAUAAUUCAAAAACUGCAUCGUUUCUUCAUAAUCAGUGUUCUUGGUGACCUCGGUCUCUGUCCUUUCUCGCUACUCUGAUAAUCACUAAACUUUUAUUGAAAAAAAUCGAUGGCUUUUUGGUAGCUCUCCGUCUGAGAAAAGAGAGAGAUCAGAGAUAAGAGAGGGAAGAGCUGAAAGUGGAAAAGGGUCUCCCAUAAGUCAAGUUGCUUUUAUUCUUCUUCAUAAAGUUUUAAUCUUGGAAUUAUUGCAUUUAUUUUUCAUGUGUUUUUUCUGCUCAUUCAAGCUAUCCUGCUUCUUUUCAGCCUCAAUCCAAGCCAGCUUCGUGCUGCAAAAGCCACUUUCACUAGUUUCUUCAUACAGUGCGCAUCUAGAGUAUGAUAUCUUUGAAGAAAUCGGAGUUCCCAACACCAAGGUUUGCUUCUUUUGUAGCUCGGUUGACUUUUUCUACUUAUGCAAUGCGUUAAAUCUGCCUCCACUGAUGGGGGGGACGUCUUCUUGACAGGUUUCUAUCAUUGACAUGAGCCCGUUGACUUCAUUGAACUCUACAUACGUGGUUUUUGGUGUUCUACCGAACCCAAAAGACGCUGUAAUAAGCCCCAUAGUUUUGAGUGUGCUGAGAUCCUCUCUCAUAGAAUUGGUCCUCCAGGAGUCCAAUCUAUCUCUGACGACUUCCAUCUUCGGGCAUCCAUCCUCCUUCGAGGUCCUGAAGUUCCCAGGUGGGAUCACAGUGAUUCCCAUCCAGUCAGCGUCCAUCUGGCAGAUGAGUCAGGUCCUCUUCAACUUCACAUUGAACAAUUCGAUCACCCAGAUCCAGAGAAAUCUCGACGAGUUGAAGGGCCAGCUGAAGUACGGGCUGAAUCUGAGAUCUUACGAGGUACCUGUUCUUCAUUAACCCUCACUAUGGAAAAAGAAAAAGAAAAACUCCUUUUUUUUCUUCUUCUUCUUCAACAGUUAGUUGGAGUUAAUUCCCUCUUUCUUUUCCUUUUUUUUUUUUUUUUUUUUUUUUGCGUUCUGCAGAAUGUAUAUGUGCAGAUGACGAAUCUGAAUGGCUCCUCUGCUUCACCACCGGUCAUUGUCGAGGCCUCGGUUCUAUCUGAUGUGGGCAGCCGCAAUCUCCUGCCGCCGAGAUUGAAGCAACUUGCCCAGACAAUCACGGGGCCCCCCGAGAACCUCGGGCUGGAUCACUCCGUCUUUGGGAAAGUGAAGGAGGUGCGGCUGUCCUCAUAUCUGAAUGACUCGAUCACAUCCCUCGAGGGUCCAAGCCCUUCGCCGUCUAAAUCCUAUGAGUAUCCAUUCUUUGGCCCUUCUAUCUCUCCUUCAAGCGCCCCUCCCCCAUUGACAGAUUUAGCCCCCUCUCCUUCCACCCGCUACAGAGCCUCUUCCCCUUUUGGAUGCCCACCGCUCCAGUCUGCUGCUCCUGGUGAGAGGUGGCUGAAAGCACCGCCGCCUCAACCUUCAGGAGCGGCACCCUCAUCGUCCAUUACUCCCCCUGCACGUGGUCCCAGUGCUCCCCGCAAGCCAUGGCUCUCCCCCAAGAUCUCUCCUGGUCCCUCCCCAGUGACCCACUCAGCACCACCGCCUCAUGCCAUGGCGGCUCUGCUACCGGGGCCGUCGGACCCACCUCCCAAUAUGGCUCCUUUUCCAGGUGGGCAUCCCAACCGAGGAUGGGGAUUGUCACCCGCAUUAUCUCCACAGCAAGAUCAGGGAAGUGGGAAAGUUGGGAAGGCUGCUGAGUCUCCAGCCUCUGUAUCUUCCUCUCCAUCAGGUAGGUGGUGCAACUUUUUGCAUUCUGAAUUAUUGGUGUUUUUUUCUUCUUAUAUUUCUUCUCCAUGGUCAUUAAUUACUUUAUAUAUUUUUCUGUAGUAUGUGAGUAGAUUCUGCCAAAAUAAAGGAUCGGAAUUAAUUAAUUGCGUGAAAAACUAAUGUGGGCACAUUGGAAUUAUAUGAUCAGUAGAGGAAAAGCCCCCAGCUUGCCAUGAUUCUCAUUCAAAGAUCUUCAAUUUCUGCGUGUAAAUCCUUGCAGGUGCUCCCUUCCUUGGGACAUGCCUCUCGGGGCUGCUGGGGACUGCGCUGAUCCUCUUGUAUCACUGCUGAUCCUCUGAGAUCUGCCACCGCCGCUGCCCGCCGCCAUGUGCAGGAGAAUCCCUCUCAUCUCCCAAGAGGUUUUGUCCUGAAGUCAACGCUGCGGCUCUGCUCUCAUCCCUAGUCUCUGAGCUCCUUCUGGAUCGUGAAUGCCUGUAAAUAUAGGUUGCCUCCGGUGCUGCCACUGCCGCCGUCACUGCCACCACCAAGGGUCAAAGCCACAAAGGUGGCAGGCCGCCCCCUCUCCCUCCCUCCCCCCUCUACGGAUACAGUUCUCCCCCAAAGGGCCUGGAGCGCUGUGAGUCUUAUAGAUUGCUCUCUUCUUCAUUCUGGGCAACCUCGGCUGUAA